AGCCAAGCAGGGGCAGGGCAUGGUAAUGCUGCGGUCAUCUCUCCUUGCUCCCGGGGCCCACUGUUGGGUGGGGAAGGUGGAGGGCGGCAAGAAAACCCCCAAGAAUUCAACAGAGCAUUGGGGAAUCAUGCUCUUUUGUCCAACACCCAGGAAAGCCCAGGUAACUGCACUGGUCCCCAGGAAUGCUCCUGAAGAGGUGGGCUGCAGGCUCACGGGGCCGCUUUUCUGAAUGGAGCAGGCAGGCUCCUCAGCUUCGAGCUGCUGUCCCCACAACCAGCCUCGCCACCCAGCCAACAGCAUUCACGGGGCCUGUCCACAGCGGGGCUGCUGUGCUGUUGAGGACGCUGGUUCUGGAAACUAAGAGCAAGAGCCAGAAUCCAUGCCCCUCGUGCUGGUCGGCACCCCCCCCCCCCCCGGGGCUGUGCCCGUGAAAUGGGGAACGCAGGCAACAUGGGCCCAGUGUUCUAGGAAGUGGGAACAAAGGAUACUCUGUCUUUUCUCCCCCACCUUCUGGGCAGCAGGCCCAUGUCCAGCUCUUUUGAACCACGUCCUGGCCUUAUCUGAACCUUCUCCCCGUAGUGCUGACAAUUUCUUGUCCCUGAGGCAGGUCCUUAGAAAUCUAUGCCACCCCUGUAGUCACGAUGACCAGUUCUCCUAUCUCAGUGCUCCUGGAACAUCUUGCCCACCCCCUGAGAGAGCAGCUUCUGAGGUGGUCCUUAGGGAUUAAGCCCUCAAAGGCCAGGCCAGGGUCCACUGGCCACCCUGUGCCCCACCCCCGCCUUGUGAUUACCCAACAAUUGCUCACAAUGCUGCUGCUGGUCAUGAGGGUGGGCUUUGUGACACUGGCGGAACUGGGCUCUUGGGGGGGCUGGCUCAGAGACAUCGGGUGGACACAAGCCUCCCCAACACCAAUGAGCUCCCCCUCCCAUACCCCUAAUCCGUCCCCUACCCAGUCCCCCUCCCAGUCCCGUUCCAACAAUAUCAUCACCUCUUCCAACCAGCAGCCCUACUCUGGCUCCGGGGGCCCGGCCCCUUCCCCAUCCCCCACCCGGGGGCCUUCCUCUCGGCCCCUCUCUCACCCUCCCACCCCAAAUGCCUCACAGCCCUCUUCCCGGGCUUCCUCCCUGACCCCCAGCCCUCAUACCCAACAUGUGCCUCGAGGGUCUGCCCAAAACCCCACUCCGCCCACCUCCAAAUCUCCCUCCCAAUCUGGCUUGAAAACCCUCUCUAGAAACUCUUCCCAAACUCCUGCUCAGCCUAUCGGCAGGUCCCCCUCCCAAAGCCCUGUCCCCUCGGCCUCCUACAUCGGGCCGGUUCGGGGCAUCCCGUCCUACAUCGCCCCCUACGUGCCCCGCUUCCUGAAGGAGCCCCCCUUCUUCCAGCCCCCUACAUCACCGCUUCCCCUAGGCCAGUGCUGCCCCUGCCCCUGCCCCUGCCCCUGCCCCUGCCCCGCCCGCAAGCGCCCUCCGCCCCCGGAGUCGCUCUACUUACCUCUGCUGCCGCCCCCUCCGGCCCACUACAGCAGCAGCUGCUCCUACCCAACUCCCCCCGCCCUGUUCACGCCGCCUUCCUCGCUCUCCUACAGCCCGCCCCCCGAGGUCCUGGUGAGCGGGAAGCCGCACGUGGUCCCCACCGUGCUGCCGGCCACCUUCUACACCCCCUUCUCCCGCUACUACGCCCAGCCCCGCCCCUACCGGCCCCUGCGCCGCCGCCGCCCCAGUGUCCUGCCCCUCCCCACGCCCCCCAACGUGCAGUACGACGGCAUGGGCCGCUCUGUCCACUUCUUUCGUGGGUCCUAG